AUGAUUCGUAAACAGCAUCCCACACGAAUGACAAUUUAUAAUCGAAAUUUGCGGACUGUUGAUUCCAGUGAUGUUAUUGGCGGUGAAACUGUGUCAGGAAAUGGUGACAGAUGCGAGAAUUCAAGACGUGGUCGUCAAAAAAACGGCUCGAAGAAAAGCAGCGUUGGAGCACGGAUGUCUAAAGGAUCGACCACUGAGUCUUCAGGUUCACGAACCAAAAGUUCCGUGUCAUUUGGUCCACCUGUGCCUGAUGAUAUUUUAGAUGAUCUUUGCUUCCGAUUUCUUAUCAAUAUCCCAGACGAUCAGAAAAACGCUCCUGUUCGGCUCUGCUUUCAAAUCGAAUUGGCACAUUGGUUUUACAUAGAUUUUUAUUGCAAAGGGAAUAAUGCAGAUGUAAAAUGUCCUGAAGUGAGCUUGAGAGAUUUGGUCGGGCAGAUAUUCAAUCAUUGUGAUUUCCUUGUCCAAUAUACGGAUAGCGUCGAUAAGGUAAUGGAGGAAUGGCGUAUUUAUAAGUCUGGCGUGCCAACAUAUGGUGCCGCGCUCUUGGAUAAUUCAUUGAAUUACGUAUUGUUGGUGCAGGGAUAUUUUGCGAAGAACAGCUGGGGAUUUCCGAAGGGGAAAGUGAACGAAGAAGAAGAAGCAAUGGCAUGCGCUAGUCGAGAGGUAAUGGAAGAAGUGGGUUUUGAUAUUUCUGACAAAAUUUGCAAAACACGCUUGAUUCAGUGUUUUGUGAACGAUACUUUAAUACGGUUGUACAUAAUACGCGAUGUUCCCAUUGAUUUUCCAUUUGCUCCCAAUACUCGAAACGAGAUAGGUAAGAUUCAGUGGUUUUGUAUUUGGAAUUUGCCGAAGGAUCGAAACGACGUUGCUGCAUGUGAACGAAUUGGCAUGUCUCCGAGUAAUUUCUACACUGUGAUUCCGUUCGUCAAAGAACUGCAAGCAUAUGUUUCCAAAUAUCAUAAUGCGCAUAAUAAGCCGAGGCAUAAGCCAAUGGAUGCGAUAAAUAUUAGCGCACGCACAUCUAGCGCAUUCAGUCCGGUGCAGCCCCACCAGAAGAAUGAGAUGCUAGCAUCAGCACUGAGUCCUUUAUUCAACACGAAGGCUGCGGCAAAUAUGAAUCGUUCAACGGUUUCCCAGCAUUCUUCCCAUCAUGCAUCACCAAACUCAGCAUUUUUCAAGCCGUUGACAACAUCCGCGCAACACAUUUCAUAUACUGGUACUGCCUUUGUGCAGAUGUUAUCCGGCACUUCGUGUACGAGCAUCGAAGUUUUAGUAACAAAUGCGAAAUCUCCAGAAAGGGUGAAAAUGAAAGAAGUGACGAGACCAGUACCGACAGUUCCAAAAGCAGCUGUGCCAAUACUUGGUCGUCCAGUGUAUGAUGCAUUCAGAGAUGAAGCGGAAAAGAAAGCGGUUGCAUCUUUGCAAGAACCAUCGCAUAAAACAUUGCUGAGUGAUAUUCUUUAUCAUGGAAUCACAGAUACGAAAGAAGUGAUCAGUUAUUCUACUGAUAUCAGUGAAAAGAAAACAACUGUAGAAUGUGAUUGCAAUUUGCCAGUGAAGAAGGAUAUCUCAUUACCGUAUUGCAAUCCAGGAGAAGGCUUGACGAAGAAUUAUAUAAAAGAAGGUAGUCAUUUGAAAAACUCAAAAAUUUUGAUGACGAAUUAUAUAACUGAAGACAGACCACUCGUUCAGUUGUGCAAAGCUUGGAAAAAUUUCAAAUUUGAUGUUUCGCGAUUAUUUUGA